GCGGCAGCGCGGGCUGAUGACGUGUUUGCUGGCGGGGCGGCUCGGAAGCAUGGCGUCGGUGGCGCUGAGCGAGGCGGAGAAGGUUUACAUCGUGCAUGGCGUCCAGGAAGACCUCCGCGUGGAUGGCCGUGGAUGUGAGGACUACAGAUGUGUGGAGGUGGAAACCGAUGUUGUGUCCAACACCAGUGGGUCUGCAAGAGUCAAGCUGGGUCACACAGACAUCUUGGUGGGAGUGAAAGCAGAAAUGGGGACGCCGAAGCUAGAGAAACCAAACGAAGGCUACUUGGAGUUCUUUGUUGACUGUUCAGCCAAUGCUACUCCUGAAUUUGAAGGUCGAGGAGGUGAUGACCUUGGCACAGAGAUCGCUAACACCCUGUACCGCAUAUUUAACAAUAAGAGCAGUGUUGACCUGAAGUCCCUCUGCAUCAGUCCUCGGGAGCACUGCUGGGUCCUCUAUGUGGAUGUGCUGCUGCUGGAAUGUGGUGGAAAUUUGUUUGAUGCCAUUUCCGUUGCUGUUAAGGCUGCUCUCUUCAAUACAAGGAUACCAAGGGUUCGGGUUCUAGAGGAUGAAGAGGGGGGGAAGGACAUUGAACUGUCUGAUGACCCGUAUGACUGCAUCCGACUGAGUGUGGAGAACGUCCCCUGCAUUGUUACUCUGUGCAAGAUUGGCUAUCGGCAUGUGGUGGAUGCCACUCUUCAGGAGGAGGCCUGCUCCUUGGCCAGCUUGCUGGUGUCAGUGACCAGCAGGGGAGUUGUGACGUGCAUGAGGAAAGUGGGGAAGGGCAGCCUGGAUCCAGAGAGCAUCUUCGAGAUGAUGGAGACCGGCGAGCGAGUGGGCAAGGUGCUGCACUCCUCCUUGCAGAGCAUUCUGCACAAGGAAGAAAGCCUGGGGCCCAAGAGACAGAAAGUCGGGUUCCUGGGGUGACGUGCACAUCAUCCCCUCAACUGCGGAGCGUCUGUUUUUUAUUUUUCCUUUCAAACUGAAGUUUGCAUAUAUUUUUCUUAACUGUUAAUGAAUUUAAGGCCACAUUUGUACCUGUAAAAUUAAAGUCUAUUUUCUGGU